CCUCUGGAUCUGGGGUUCCUGGGACAGCCCAUGCCCAUCCCCAGAUGGGCGAUUCACUUUUGCCUUCUCCUUGACUGCCCACCCCCACCACGCUGCCAAUGUCUCGGCAAUUCCUCUGUCAUUUCGCCCUUCCUCCGCCCCUCCCGGGCAGGGACCAAGCCACAGCCUCUCGGGAUCCCGCUCCUCCCGCCCUGCGAAUGGGAGCAGAAUGCAUGGGGUGCUCCAAAGCACGGCAGGGAAGGUGUUGUCCCCAGAGGAAUGUUGAUCUUCAGAUUUCGCGGUACGGACGCGCUGGCCGGGCCGGCGCCCAGCUACGAGGGCACGCCCCUGUUGAGGGACAGGCUGUUGAUGCUCACUGCUGCAGUCCGCGUUCCCGGGCACCCCGAGGGAAACAGCAGGAGGCGGGGCAGCCGGGAGCAGCGAGGCGGGCUGGGAAUCUUCCUCAGCGCCACAGCUCGCGUCGCGGAUGGGAGCCGGGCCGGCUGGAGGGGGCGGAGCCAGCGGGGGAGCAUCCCCGACCGGCGCUGCGGGCGCCACUGCCGAUGAACUGGCUUCAGGCUGCGGUGCAGGGGGCUGGAUGUGCUUUUCAGCGCGGGACUGCCGGCAGCUGUCGCGGAACCGGCUGCCUCUCUUGUCAGCGGCGGAGGCACACACGCCACACGGGGUGGAGGAGGAGGAGGAGGAGGAGGAGGCGGAGGCGGAGGCGAUGGUCCCUCUGGCGCUGGCAAAGGGGCAGGAGCGAACGCAACCCCUGUCGGAGCAAUUGCUGACUGUGGAAGUGGAGCCGCUGAAGGCUUCGGUCCCUCCUGUGCAUGCGCCGGGAAGACAGGAGAGAGCUGCUCCGAGUGUUCGGUGGGCAAUGCCGGCUCCUCCCGCGGAGCGGGGGUGGAAGGAACCAACGGCGGCUGUCCGGGAAAGGAUCGUUCCCCAGCUGGCCGCGGCGGAGAGACUGAUGGACUCAUGUCUGUGGGCUAUGCUCGUGGGAAACAAAAGCAGGACUUUGCUGCAUCUGGCUUGCAAUGGAGCAGGGCAGGCUCUUAGCCUUACCUCUUCUAUGGAAAGCAGAGGAAUACUGUAUCUGCUGGCUCCUGCAGCUGCCAGAUUUCAUCCUGUAGAGCUCAUUUCCACACACUGCCAAAGCACAGCAUCUCUGCCUGGGAAAUCCUGGUGGUGAGCUCCUGCUUGGGGACAGGUACAAUUUCUUUUCACAAAAAGUCUGGCGUCACCCCAUGUGUCACCUUGUUAUGUGUAGUAGAUAUAAUUCGCACAAUUUCUAGUAUGAUAUAUGUGAUAUUGAAUAUUUGUUGGAGUAUACACGUUUGUAUUAGGAGCCCCCCCCCACCCUUGCAGACGAAACCUGGUGUACCUUGAAACCCGAUUUACAAGUAAAAGGAUGUGGCUCGUCUGGAAAUGGGCCAUAUCUGAAGCGAUAAGGGGAUGGCCAAGUGCUGAUCAUCGAGUGAACGACCCAAGAUGGAUAUCAUGGAAGUCCUCUGGACAGAUACAUGUGAAUGCAGGGUUCUCCUAAAUUUCAUCAAGGGAUUCACCAACUCCGGACAUUGGACAUCGGAUUGUUCUACCUCGUUGCCAAGAAAAGAAAUCUCAUCAAACUAUGGGACUCUGAAUAAAAGAAAGGACUGAUUGCCAAAAUCCUGGCCUCAGGCAGAAUUUUCCCUAUAAAAACCGCUUGUGCCAGGAUGGAGGUGUGUGGGCAUAGAGGAAAACCUCUGCUGAGGCUGUCUUCUCUGUUGCACACCCAGCGCCGACCCCGGGCUCGGCACUGUUCUUUCCUUGUGGCUGGCUAGAUAGAAUCUGAUUGAAAAAUAAAAUUAUUUUAUUUUUAAUUUGGCUGGAUCAAUUUUCAUUUAUAACAACCUGACCUGCUGUCUAGCUGGGCACGUUUGCCAGCAUCAUUGCCAAGCACUCCUCAAACUUCACAUCCCUGGUAUUUAACAACUCCCAUGCAAGAAAAUGUGCUGAAAGCUGGGUCUGAGCCUUGUUUCAACCAGGUGACCAGGACUUCUGCAGGUGGGCAUUUGGCUCCUAAUUUCCAAGGAAAGUCCCCCAAGAGUCAAGCUGACCUGUUAUAUUUGGAGAUCACCUCCUGCAUGCAAAUGGUGGGGAUGCAGGUGACUGUGGAUGCUGACAGUCUUGUCAGAGAGAAAGUCAGAUAAACUUUCCCAGGCAUUGUUCUGAGGGAGCUUGAAAAAGCUCAGAGAAAGAAUUAAAAUAAUCCUUAAUCUUUGCAGCUGGUGUUUUGAACUUGCUAUUUACUUGUAAGAUGUUUACAAGAAGGGUGUUGUUCCUAAUUAGCCAAAGAUGUGAGGGGUGUUGAUUGAGGACCAGUCAGGUCCAGCUUUCUUGGAACAGUCUAUAAAAAAGAAUGUGAUGUCUAAUAAACUUGGCAUUUGCCUUCUGAGACUGGAGUCUAUGUCACCUCAUUCAGCCGUCCCUAAUACAAGUGUGACAGGUGAUGGCUGUAGGUAUGAGAUGAGGCUUCUGGUCCCUGUUGCUGUUCGUUGCAGCUCCUCCCCAGUCAUUGCAUCAUCGCAGCUCUCAAUCCCAGUCACCAACAGCAACAUUUCCAAUGCUCUUUAGAGCAUUCAGGGAGAGGAUUUUUGCCCAUUGUUGUUGAGAGUUUAGCUGAAGAAUGGCUGCGCAGCAAGGGACACGAAAGGGUUAAGUUGAUGAGAGUGUGAGAAUACGUGACUUGUAGCAUGAAAACUGUGCCCUUGAGAAACAGAUGUUUUCUAUCAACCUUGGGAGCCAGACAUCUCCUAACAACCUUGAGUAUACAGAUGUCUCGAUAAAAAUGAAAUAUUGCUUGGUAUGCAGAAAAGUAAUCAAGUAUAAAGAAGCAGUAACCGCAAGGCUUAUCGCAAAGAGAUAUAUGUGUUAAUAGAAAGGUAACCAAUCCUGAGCUUCGCUUUUGCAAUAUGUAUGAACUAGUUAGUGCUUGUAUAAAGAAACUGUAAUCGACUCCAAUAAACCGAAAACUUGUUGACCAUGA